AUGGAGAGGGUGCCGAGCACGGUGUUGAAUGAAGAGAUACUUGGGAGGCUGGAUUUGCAGACUUUAUCCUCGCUUGCUUGUCUCAAUAGAUCCUUUCGCUUAUUGGUUUACUCUCAAGCUCUUCCUUCUCUGACUUCUCUCCAUUUCUCUACCAUGUCUCCUGAUGGGCAGACUCUGGAAAUAAUUCUGGGUCGUUGUAAAGGUCUAAACUCUCUUACUCUCAACUGCCUCCGUCUCCAAGACCACCCACUCUCUGCUUUCCUUUGUCCAACUAUCCAAGAAUUGAAUUUGUGGUGCUGCUCCUCUUUGUCAUACCAGUUUCUUACUUACAUUGCCCAUCGCUGUCCUAAUCUUAGGUUGCUUAUAUUAGAAUUGGCAGACAAGAACUUACCUGAUGUAUUCAGAAGUAAACUUGCCUUGAUGCUUAAGCGGUGCUUGUACUUGGAAUCUCUGUCAUUGAAAAUUCGAGGGCCUGCAGUUGAUGCAAAUUCUUUUGGGUCCAUAGAAUUUUUGCUUCCCAGUACUGUCAAAAUGCUAAAGUUGCAGCCAGUGCUUGAGCAAGACGCAAUCCGAAUCAUAAGGACAGUUGGUAGAAACCUUAUGGAAACAGAAAUUCUAAGCAUCCCUACCUCUCCUUUUUGCAAACUGCAGAGCUUGUCACUGGUUUUAGAUAUAAUAACUGAUCAACUACUUUUAACUAUCACCAACUCUGUUCCUCUUUUGGUAGAGUUGGAUCUUGAAGACAGACCAAACAAGGAACCAAUGCCAGACGAUGACUUGACCAACAAUGGGCUUCAAUCCCUAUGUUUUUGUCAACAUUUGACAGCCCUCUCUCUUGUACGAAGUAGACUUAGACACCAAGGAGCAUUCAAAAGAGUAAAUGAUAUGGGCAUGUUUCUUCUAUCUGAGGGUUGCAAAGGCCUGGAAGCAGUGAAACUUUGUGGAUUCUCCAAGGUUAGUGAUGCUGGCUUUGCCGCAAUUUUACAUGCCUGCCAAAACUUAAAAAAAUUUGAAGUCCGAAAUGCCUUGUUUCUGUCAGACUUGGCCUUUCAUGAUCUCGCUGACAUUCCAUGUGCCCUUGUUGAGGUGAGACUGUUGUCAUGCCAGCUAAUAACUAGUGAAACUGUUAAGAAAGUAGCCUCUUCUAAGAGCCUAGAGGUUCUUGACCUGGGCGGUUGCAAGAGCAUAGCCGAUUCAUGCCUCAGCUCUAUUUCAUGUCUCAAUAAUUUAACGGAAUUGAAUCUCACAGGAGCUGAUGUUACUGAUUCUGGUUUAUCUGUUCUUGGUCAAGGAAGUAUGCCCAUAAGAAAUUUGUGUCUUAGAGGCUGUAAGAGGGUAACUGACAAAGGAAUUUCUCGUUUGCUGUGUGGAGGGGCAAUUGGCCAAUUGUUGACAGCCCUGGAUUUGGGUUACAUGGCCGGUAUAUCAGAUAAAACCAUUUUGACAGUAGCUGCUGCUUGUGUAGGGAUUAUUGAUUUGUGUAUUAGGUCUUGCUUUUAUGUGACUGAUUCUUCAAUGGAAGUAUUAGCUAGAAAGAGAACAUUUCAAGAUGGGAGUAAACUGAGGAGGCUUGAUGUGUGUAACUGCAUUUGUUUGUCUGCUGAUUCAUUGAGAUGGUUUAAGAGGCCUUUUUUUCAAGGAUUACAUUGGCUUGGUAUUGGGCAAACUUGUCUGGCUAGCCAAGGAGAUGUUACCGAAAUAUAUGAGGAGCGACCAUCGCUGACUUUGUGCUUGGAUGGCUGUGAAAUGGGAUGUCAAGAUGGAUGGCAUUUCCACAGACCUUAAAAAUCAUCCAUCUUGAUUCUUGACAAGCUUGCUUCCUUCACAUUUGUGUUAACAGGUUCAGAAGAUCCUCUUGAAAGCCUGCAAAGAGCUGGAGACUGGAGUUUUGAUUUCACAACUUCCAGACACAUUUCCGUGACUAACCAAUGAGAGAGGCG